AUCAUUUAACGCCGAUUUGCUCGGGCUUUUACGCGCGGAGCUCCCGGUGCUGGUGUCGCAUUGUUACGUUGACGUGUUGCCUUUGUUUCCCGCUGGACUAUCACCGUUAAAAUGCUUCUAACUAUACAGUAUUAUUCCGGUUAUUCUAAAGCGGAUCCUGAGCGAUGCGGUUCAGAUACAGUCAUGUUUACACUUUACCGGAGACCGGAGCGUGUGCGUCUCUGCGCGUGUGCGUGCCUACAUGAGAGCGGGGGUGUCCGCGGAAAUGACAGCGACUUUUCUUUUUUUAAGAUAGCGAAGAAUCUCGAAGAGGUCAAAAACCUGUAGCGUCGGAAGAAGAGAGAACCGGCACGGAGGUGUGAAUGGCUUCUCUGUGUGGAGAGAAAAGAGGAAAAAGAGUGGAGCACAGCUGUCGAUCUGUUGGGAUGUAAAGAAGAAAAAAGAAGAGGGAAAUGUUCAUAAUGAUAAUAAGAGGAAAAAUGGUUGAACUUGAUGUGACGACGAUGCCAGGCACGAGAGGCGGAUCCGCGAGCUACAGCGGACCACACACAAGACCCCUUCUGCCAGGAGAGAGAGGGCAAGGAACAGAGACAGACAGACAGAGGAGAAGAAAAAGAAGACGUCUUGGAAGACACCCCUUCCCCCCUCCCUCACACGCACACCCUCCUCACACACACACAUAAACAGUCAUACAUACACCUCCCCUUCCCACCCAUCAGCAAGCUAUUUUUUACACCCCACAAGUAUCCCACCAUAAGAAAAAAACUUUUUUCUUCCUCAUUGGAAAGAAGAAAAUCCCUCCAAAGAAAGUCCAACAAACCAGUCAGAGAUCCCUCACGACGCAGAAGAAGAUGGCACAGAGGUCGCUGAAAGUGGUGGCGUCUAAGUUCUUAGGAGCUUUCUGGAAGCCGACUCCUUCCAUCAAAACAUCAGAAAAUAAGAGGAAAUCUUUCGGUCAGAUUGCAGGAGACCGUUGGAGAGAUACCGUCACGUGACCCCCGGUACCAAAUGGUCUUCCGGCAGUGGCUCUCAACAAGGACCGGAGCACAAGAAGACGCCGCCACUUCUCUCAGAAAUGCAGAAGACAACAUACUACGACAACUCCUCUGCGCUUUUCGGUGGCUACUCGUCCUACCAGGUGCAGGGGGCGGCAGCGGCGGCAGCAGCAGCCGCCAACGGCUUUGGAGGCUACGAUGCACCGGUCCCAGUGUCCCACCACCAGCCGGCCUUCCAGUCUGCAACCCAUCUGGAUGUGGAUUCGUACCAGCGCUCGGCCUGCUCUUUACAGUCACUGGGCAGUAACAGUGGCCACCAGCAGCAGCAGCUAGCCAAGACCAAGGAGCUGAAUGGCAGCUGCAUGCGGCCCAGUCUGCCGCCUGAGCACCACCCUGGCUCCCAGGUGUCCCCUCCACUGCCCCCCAAUCCCAGCAAUGGUAAUUCUGGGGCUCAGCAGCCGGGGGGCAGUGCUGGGGCCUCCUCGGUCUCUAAAUCAGGCCCCAAUAAGUCGUCUAAUUCUUCCUCCUCUACAUCGUCCUCCACAUCGUCCUCCUCCUCACUACCCCCCAACCCAACUAUGGCAAAGCAGAUCUUUCCCUGGAUGAAAGAGUGUCGACAGACGACCAAGCAGAAAAACUGUUCGCCCAGCAACAACUCUGGAAAUGCAUCAGGAGGAGCAGAGAGUGGCAGCAGUGGGGAGAAGAGUCCUACUGGUGGGUCUUCAGCGUCAUCAAAGCGGGCUCGUACAGCGUACACCAGUGCCCAGCUGGUUGAGCUGGAGAAAGAGUUCCACUUCAACCGGUACCUGUGUCGGCCGCGGCGUGUGGAGAUGGCCAACCUGCUCAACCUGUCCGAACGUCAGAUCAAGAUCUGGUUCCAGAACCGACGCAUGAAGUACAAGAAGGACCAGAAGUCCAAGGGCCUGAGCUCCAGUUCUGGAGGGCCCUCCCCUACUGGCUCCCCACCCCUCACCAUGCAGUCCUCCGCCAGCUUCCUUAACUCAAUGCACCCUAUGGGAGGGGGAGGCGGGGGUGGAGGGGCAGGCUACGAUGUCCCAUCUCCGCCAUCCUUUGGCAAGCCCCACCAGGGAGUGUCUUACUCCAUGUCCACUGCCUACUCCAAUGUCUCUAUGAAGGGCUGCCCCCCCCAACAGAAGUAUGGUGCCCCAGACCCGGACUAUGGCGACCCCCAUCCUCACCAUGGCCUGGUGCAGGCCAACAACGCUGGCUACGGGACUCCCACCAACAUGCAGGCUAGUCCAGUCUAUGUGGGGGGUGGCAGCUAUGUGGAACCCAUGCCUGGCUCGGGGCCCUCCAUGUAUGGGCUAAACCACCUCGGCCCCACGCCACCCCACCACCAAACCAUGGACUACAAUGGCGCGGGGCCUAUGUCGGCAGCCAACCAGCACCAUGUGGGCGGAGGGGGUCCUCAGGGUCCCUGUGACCCGCCCACACACCCGACGUACACCGAGCUGUCGGCGCACCACACCUCGACUCAGGGCAGAAUCCAGGAAGCACCCAAGCUCACUCACCUGUAGCAGGUUUGGAACAAAAUGACAACGUAGGAAAUAGUGAAGACAACACAGAACACGUAACACGACGUGACUCACUAACAGACUAACUAACAUGGGGACUUUACUGCUGCAACGGGGUGGCAGGAGACACAAAAGGGGACAGACGGGAGCCAUCCGGUGAUUUGUCCUGUGCUCCACAGCCACAAUGGGGAGCGAUCAGUGUUUGGUGUUGUCCAGCCCCACCCUGUUUCCACUGCCUUCUGAUUAGGGCUAGAGCUUCCACUGUUGCCUUUGAAGUGCAGUUCAUUUAGUUUAAAAAAGACAAAAGUUAUGCCCAUUAUCAAGUAGCAAUGAUGCACGCAAACCAUUUGUGUUGCCAAAAAGUCAAUAAGAGGCACAUAUCUACAGUGUAAAAGCACUGAAAUUAAUGGAAGUUACCAAAAUAUGUCCAAGAACUUUUUAAGCUGGGACCAAACGUACUCUCUGUUAUGAACACUUGCAUGAGGAAAAUACAUUUUAAAGCAUUCAACAGUGCAUUGUUAGUUUUUAAAUUUAACUUACAUAUUCAAAACUGCUUAAGGGUUUAGAGUAUGUUAUCAGUGAUUUAUUUUAUAUUCUAGUAGUCUUGGUUUCACAUUUAUCAUGAACCUUUUUAGAGCAAUUUACACUCAGUGAAGCAUAUUGUAGGCGUGGGAGAAGAAGUGUACAGUCAAUUGUCUCCCACGUUCCCCUGGGGACAAUAAAUGUCAGGAUGCUCGUCUCGUGGCACUGGUGCAGAGACAUAUCGGCAGCUGUAUGGCAUAACAGGAUCUAUGGUGAGCACCAUUGUUUCAUUAGGCAGAUAAUCUACUGCACAGUCAAUCAGAAAACUGCAAUACUGUACUCAAACAAAGCAGAUGUCAGUUUUGUAUUAAAUAUAUUUCUCAAAAACAAAACAAAAAAUCUGAAAGGACAGAAAAAUCUUUCUGUAUGAUGCAUGGGUGUCAAAAUCAGGGGGACAGAGGGGACACACCCCCCUCAAUAUUUAGAACAUUUGCAUUUGCAAAAAAAACAUAGACAUAGUUUUUAUUUUGACAAAAUUCAGGAAUUUUAACCAUAAAUUGAUGAAGAGAAGGCACAAAUUGGUGCAUAUAAAGUCACCAGAAUGCAGGAGUUUGCUAAAUAUUUUAUGGUUGAGGACUCCCACACUCCCUGUAUCAUAGACCUAUGUCUCCCCCACCUAAUGUUGAAACGUAACCUAUGCCCUUAGUAAAAUGUGUUUAAGUUACUCAGCAAAAAUAACUGCAAAACAGUUUUUGUGUGGGUGGAGCAAAUUGCAGCAGUAGCUCAGCUAGCAUGUUGUUAGAGGUAGUAUGUGGUUUAAAAUUGUACUUUGAUAAUAAAAUCUCCCCCCUAAGACACGCAUAUAUACAAACAGCUCUCCCGCCUGGUAAAUGAAAUAGUUGAGAUUUUAAUGGGCAGUUAACGAGGUGGUUAGAUUUAUGACGCUGAGCUCUCUCCCCCUCUAGGCAACACAUGUUGUUGUCAGCUGAGCUGAGCUAUGUGGAGGGCUCUGCCUCUCCAUCAGCCAGAGAGAGAGAACAGAAAUAUAUGGCUGAAGCUGGCAGCACUCGUCUUCCUCCGUUCCCCUCAUUCGACAAAGCACGUAAAAGCCACUGGAUGGUCCUCCCUUUGCUGUCCCUUUUUGCCUCCUGCUGUACCUGUCUCUGUCCGUCCAGACUGAAUCACUACUAACCCACCAUCUCCUGUCUGUGGCAGCAGCACAUGGCUUCUGAAGAAGGCAAAAAUUUCCCACAAUCCGCCACAGACUGCCCCCCCAACACGCACACAUCCAUCACUACACAUGCACUCACCACCCCUCCCAUCAAUCUAACAGGGUUUAAGAAGCUAUGAGCUCAAAGGCUAAACUAGCUCCCAUAGACACACAUCUGUGCUAAGCUACGCUAGUUAAUCACAACUCCAUACACACACACACACACACACACACACACACACACACACAGCAAUGCUAAGCUAGCUUCCUUCCGUUGACACACAUUCACAGCCAGGUUCGGCCAGCUGUUGACAUCUUUAAACAAACAGGAGAGGACAUGGAAGAGAAAUUUUUAAUAUUCUUAUUUUAGCACAUCAUCGACACAGGGUAAAUAAUAAGAGUGGAGAACACUAUUUAUUUAUGUUUGGGUAAGUCAUUGCCCUCUCUCUCUCUCUCUCUCUCUCUCUCUCUCUCUCUCUCUCUCUGUCUCUCUGUUUAUCACUUUGGAAGGGUUCACUUACAUUAGCGGACACCAAUGCGUAAAAGUCCACAUUUUAUAUUGUUUUGUUUUGUUCUCACAUAUCUUGACUUUUAACGUGGAUACAGGGUAUAUAUUUGAACAAAAAUGCAUGUCCCAGAAAUGUGGGCUGAUGUGUAUCACAUAUUUUUAAAACAACUUGAUUUAUUUGUCUGAACUGUCAGUGAGGGGAGUUUGGGACAACAUGCACAUCAGACUGUUACAGCUGGGGUUCAAACCAGAACACAAGCUGUGUGUGGUUGACCGCACUUCACUCUCUACUGUUCUGGAAAUAAAUCCUCUGAUUGUUUUUUAAAAGUGCAGAUUUACACAAAUGCUUUUCACAUCUGGACAUCAUUGUUGCACUUAGAGUUUACAUUUUGAUGGUUAAAGGUAAAAAAUAAUAAUAAUAAAAUCUUAUUUUGAAGACGGAAGGCCCUCCAAUCAAAGCGUCUUUCGCCAAUGUGUGUUCAAGUGAACAUUCAUAUAUAAAUAUUUAUUUGUUAUAGCCAGUUUAAAAAGACUUUCUGUUUUGUAUUAUUAUUAUUUAUCCUUCAUGUAUUUAUAUCGAGGAAAAAAUACUGUACUUUUUUAGUAUUUACCUGUUAUGAAAGAAAAAAAAAACAUUGUGUUUCUUCUUGUCCAUUGUACUGAAGUUACAUUUUUUUAGUUGUUGUAUUUUAGAAGAAAAUAAGUAGUUUUUAUGUUCCUAUAAUGACCCUUGUACAUACAUGUCUUGGCUUGUACAGGGAAAAGGGCAAGGAUGGGGAUUGGUGACCCGUCCGUGCAUAGUCGGAAAAUUUAGACAAACUAUUAGCUGGAAAAAAGAACGAGUCUUUUUUGGAGAAAAACAACUUCUUUCUUUGUCCUUUGUAGCUCCUUUUCUUUCAUUGUUGAGAGAGUUGUCUGUCGAGCAAUUCUUUAAUAA